GAAAGCUGCUGUUAUGGUAACCGGAGCCAACAAGCUGCACAAGUACGCGGAGCUUUCGAGGAAGAGCGGCGACUCGGUACGUUUGCUGGAGUGAGUGUAGGGAGGAUGAGCGCUGACCGGUUCUCGCUGUCUGCUGAGGAGUAUCUGGGCCAGACUCAUGUUUUAACUUACAUUGAGGAUGCAGUGAGUCAACUACUAGAAUAUAAGGACGAACAUAGUAAAAUUGGAAUUACCAGGUUCUUCGCUGAAUAUUUCACCAGUGUUAAACGUGGAAGUCACAUUUUGUUUCGUGAGUUCAGCUUUGUGAAAGCCACCCCCUACAACAGAGCCUCAUUUAUACGAAUGUUCUGGCAGUGCUUUCGACAAAUUGGCAAGAAUGGAGAUCUACUGACAGUAAUGGAAUACCAUUCCUUACUUCAGCUUAUUUGCCAUGACUUUCCAAUGGAUCUUGCCCAGAAAGCAGCAAGGAUUAUUCUCAUGGAUGAUGCAAUGGACUGUCCAAUGUCAUUUAUGGAUUUUUUGUAUGCAUUCCAGAUACAGUUCUACUACUGUGAAUUUCUGGAAAGCGUUGCUACGAUUUAUGAAGAUCUCCAUCUGGGAAAGAGUCCAAAUACUGUGAUUGUGCCAACUUCUUCAAUUGAACAAUCACAGUCACCUCUUGAUUCACCAACUCAAGAGGGUGUUGAUGCAUCCCAGUUUUAUGACUGUUUGGAAACACUCUGUGAUAGGUAUAAGCACAGUUACCCACCGACUCCAUACCUUGAGCAGAUCCUCCACAAAGUGGAUCAAGUGACGUUCUUUGGAUUUCUGAUGGCCAUAGUAAAGCAUGAGGGAAUCAACUGCAAAUUGGGAAUUGUGCCCAAUAAGGCAGAACUUUUUACAGAUUCAGAAAUGGACCAAGAGCUCGAGAAAUUUAUUGAUCACAUACUCAAUAACCCAACCACCAGUACUCCUACACACAAGGAACCAACCCGAAAAUCCACUCAUCGUAAGACUUUGCAUCGUCGCAAAAAAGUGGAUGUUGAGAGUGAUGGGUCAACUGAAGAAACUGAUUCCUCUGAAAAUUGACUUCACUUUUGUACAUUUUUUUUUCAUUUCGUUGUAAAGUCUUAAGUUAUACUAUUUUUGUUAAAAUGUAAUUUGAAUCCCAUUUGGAUUAAUGGGAUGAAAAUUGCCUAUUUCUACUACCUUUACUGAACUAGUAUAAGGUCUGCUUAACCCAGUUCCAUUUGAACCUUGCUUAAAUAAAAAAUAGUAGCAGCAAUCUCAUUUACUGAACCCUUCUGGGGAUGGUACUGUUAUGCAGAUGGUGUGGUGGGAGGCUGUAAAAAAUGAGCAAUGGGUGCUGAACUGUCCACCUAACCUUAUCAAUGAGCUACGUCACCUUGAUAAGAACGAAAUGUACAAACAUUUCUGUCCAUCUACUUCAGAUGGAAUAUUGAAGAGACAAAUCUUAGCUCAAUUACAACACUAGAGUCACAGUAUCUGAACCUAGAAACUAUGAUAAUGCAUCUCCAUGAAGCUCCACUCAGGAUGGUUCUAGAUAUUAAUGAUCUUGCUGUCAUAUUAUUUGUCCAAUGGUUAAGAGAGUUAGCUGGAAUUUUUAAAAAAACUACCGUAACUAAUACUGUACACCCAUCCUAUAGUUAUCAAAAAAAUAAUGAUUUGGUUUCAACAGUAAUAAUCUAUAAUUGAACGUCAUUGUCAAUGGUAACAGCUUGAAAAAGAACAGGUUAAUUGAUAAAGGCUUUGAAUCUGAGUAAAAUAUAUCAAGUACAAAAGAUUAAACCUUACAAGGAAGUUGCAAGGAUCUUCUAUUAAUCUGUAAACAGAGGUGAAAUUCACUAAAACAAUAACUUAAGUAAAUAAAUAAAUUUGAACAGAAUAAAAAGAACCAGGUAAUUAAUCCACAGCAUAAUGCAUAUUGUUUAUACAAAUUUUCUUAAUGAAUUCAUUUAGACAUACACUAUCUAUAACUCCUCAGUUGAAAGGAUUAGAAACUGCCAUAUUAAAUGCAGCUGAACUGAGUGCAGAUUUACUUUGAGGUUUCAGAUAAAGUUCAUCUCUACAGUGAAAACCACAAGAUUGUAAAAAAACAAGCCAAUCUUGCAAUAACAUUGUAAAUUGAGCCACUAAAAUAUUCUUGGAUUUCUCUAUGGUUGCUAGAUAUUUCUUCCAUUGAACGGUGCAACAUUUAGUUUUGAAUUAUUAUUGCUUUAAGGAAAAAAAUAAUAUUACUUCUGUGUUUCACAUGAGAUAUUCUCCCAGCAUUUCUCAAAUUACUGUUUUGGCACUUUGAAAAUUGUUUAGGAACAGACUUUGAAUCCAAAAAUCAAACUGCAUUUUUAACCGUGUUGUUGAACUAAGCAGUGUUGCAAAUAUAUUUCGUACACUCAUUAUUCUCAAUUAUUUCCUCCACAUGUAUAACAAUUUAAAUGCCCAUGGUCUCUAUUUCAAUCACUAAUUUUCCGGCUACUCAGUCCACCCUUUGAUUAUUUUAAAACAUGACUAAAAUCUUUAUCCAAAUGAAAACAAAUCUAAACUCAUUACUCCUUCAUUACUUUAAUGAUAUAAAAUCAUCUACAAUUUCUUAUAUUCUCCAACUCAUUCUCAUCAUUUUCCACAGGAGCAUUCAGGUUCUGUGAUGAGCACAUUUUAAUUACAUAUGCACCAAUUUCCAACACUCUUGAUAAUCAUCAACUAUUCCAGCCAGAUUUUUCAUCAACUUUUAUACCUCCUAUGGUGGCUGCAUGUUGUAAGCAUAUUUCCAAGCUUAAAUCAAAUGUUCAGAUAUUGUGCAUGCAUAUUAGAUGCCUAAGCAUUAUUGCAUUCUGUUUACCAAGAAAAUACAGAAAGCCUGGAAAUAAAUUUUAAAAGUAGCGAGUGAUUAUCAUUACAUUUCUCUUGUUUUUAUUUCCUUCCUCAUUUUUUUUUACCUCAUUGCAACUUGAAGACUUUGAAAGAUAAAGUAACAUUAGACCGGCUGUUAAUCCAUAUGCCCACACAUGUAAUUUUAUAUUUGUUUUUCUGUUUCAAUGC